GUCGUACGGGGCACCCGCUACGGAGCGGACGUCUACGCCGUAGCAACAAAAACGGGGACCUUGACACGAUUGUCACACCCCGAAUUUCGUUUAUCAUCUUGAAUAUUACAAUUUAAAUCAUAUAUUGUGUGCUAUUUGCGUUGAUUAAUGUGAAACUUUCACUACAUUUCGUCAGAAAUUGUAUGUUAACUUUAACUUUCAAGUGUUUGUUUAGUGUGUGUUCAUUGGCUAUCUGAGGUGUUUGCACGUGGAUUUGAACAUAAGAUCUGCAUAGAAGCGGGCAAUAUCCUGUGUUGAAGGAAAUGCGCUGACUCGCUAGUAUGGCGGUCGGUGUCCUACUGUUGGCGCUGCAACUAGCCGUUGUCAGCGCCGGGAAAUGCACCACGGGCUUUUCAGUCGUGGCGCCAGAAGUAGCAGUGCCGGGGAAGACAACAGCCAUCCUAGUCACUCUUCAUGGAAGAGCUGGAGACGAGACCUUAGAUCCUCUCAAUGUCACCGUUAGACUUGAAACUCAAGAUGCCAAUAAUGAAGUGAAGCAACUCAUUGCUGCCAGUCAGAUGAUUAUGGGAUACGGCAUCAUUCCACUGAAGAUACCAUCGUCACCAGCUACCCAUUGCACCCUACACACCACUGUGGGCUGUGUUGGCAACGAUGAGUGUACUGCGAAGAGUCACAGUGUGAUUCGGCUGCUGGGGCCAGUGAGAGAUGUCAUUGUUCGUCCAGCUCGACACCAUUAUAGACCUGGAGAGACUAUAACAUUCUGGAUUCUGGCUCUGGACCAUGACCUACGGCUCGUUCGUGGAGAACUCGCGUACGUUGCGCUGAGCGAUCCCGCUGGCACUAAGGUCGCUAUAUGGGAACAGCUCUCUAUGGACGAAGGAGUGCGUAAACUCAGUGCGAUUUUGGCAACUGGAGCUCGAUCUGGUACCUGGCGUAUUGAAGCUCGUUGUGGUGGUGGAUCUGCUCGAGUGGACAUCACAGUUGGGAAUGGAGUGGGGAAUGCGGCUGCUGCGGCUCCAGCAGCUGAACAGCAUUAUGUGGAACUGAGGUUCGCUGACAGCAUGAGACGACGAUACAAGCCUGGGCUUCCUUUUGUUGGAAGGGUCGAGGCAAUGAGUACGGAGAAACGAGUGCGAGUCCGCGUCAAGUUGUAUGACGACAAAACCGAUAUCUAUAGUCAGGACAUCGACAUGUCGACAGGCGAAGGAGGAUUCAUAGUCCCGACAGUCAUGGCGGACGCGCCGUACGUCAAUUUGCAGGCGGAGUUAGUGGCUGUUGAAGGAAAGGAGAUUGAGACCCAUUACGUGUUGGCUCGGGAAAGGAUUCGCCGAUGGAAUUCUACUUCGAAAUGCUACCUGCUCGUCGAGAACUUGCCGACACCUUUGCAGGCGGGCGGCAUAGCGAGUGCAAGCGUGUGGUCGUCAUGCGGUUGCCGGCAGCGGUUGCUAGCUGCCGUCACGAGUGGUGGCCGUGCCGUCCACUGGGCAGCCGUCCCCGCUCCGCCGGCAAACGACUCGGAUCUCUGCCGGUUUAAUUACACAUUCCCAGUGACGGCAGACAUGGCACCAGUCAGUUCCCUCCUCGUCUAUUACGUCACAGAAGCAGGGGAGCCUGUCAGCGACGUUGCCAGCUUUCACGUCCGACUCCUGCAUAAAGAGGUGGCAGUAGCGAUAGAAGAAAGACGUUGGUGGUAUCCCAGAGCAGCGUUGCAGCUUCGAGUCCUUGCUCCACCAGACUCAACUAUGUGUCUAAUUGGAGCACGAGCACCACCUGACGCCAGAUUUGAUCCUCAUCAGACGACACCAGAGCACGAAGAAGCACCGGGCCCCGAGUUUGUAUCCGCGGGCGUUUCUCUGUUCGUCGGCGGUGGCGCUUGCGGUGGUGGUGUGUUGUAUCGCCAAAGAACCGCGCCAGCUCCUCACGCACCUGCGCACCUGGUACCUCCGGCGUCACAUGACCGACUUUGGAUGUGGAAGUGUUUCAAUUAUACGAACCAGCUAUCCACAGACGGUGUGACCAUCUCAGCGCCCUCAGAAGCCGGCCGGUGGUCCCUCUGGGCCCUCUCCCUCUCAAACCAUGGUCUUCGAUUCUCUGCACCUCGGACGAUCAACGUCUUCCGCCCGAUCCAACUGGACUUCUCUCUUCCACCAGCUCUGAAAGUCGGAGAAACGGUUGAAGUUGAUGUCAAGAUUACUAACAACAUCAAUAAUUGUAUGGAUGUCACUGCACUCUUGGCGCUCAGCGCUGGUGCGGCGUUUGCAAGCACAGGAGCAUUAUACGUCACCGAGCGACUUCGGCUUGGGCCUAGAGGUGGAACGCAACUGGUGGUCAGAGUCGCAGUCAAUACUCCUGGACGAAAGAAUAUUACAGUGGAGGUAACUGGGUACAGUGCAGACAACUGCUCCGUGUCCUACACGUCCUUCAACAAUGAGACCCUCGUCGGCUCCGUCAUCAGGUCCGCCAGCGUGCUGGUGCUGCCUGAAGGUCUACAUCGGACUGAUACCCAGAGCGCCUACUUCUGUGCUAAUGAACACCUAGCAGUGUCUUCUCGAGGAUCCUGGGAGUGGCAAUGGGUGGCUGCCCCUCGAAACCGAGCAGGACUGGUGCUGGAACUGCGAGCUCAAGGUGCAGCCCACGUGGCCUUGUCAUCGAUACGUGAACCUUCUGACGAUAUGUAUAGAGUCGUGUUUGAAAGGACCAGAGUUUGGAUUGCUAAAGGAAAACACGGGUACGAUGUCCACCUGGCUAGUGCAGAACAAACGGAGAGUGACGAGGACUGUUCUGGAGCUGAUUCCUGGUGCGCCUGGUGGGUGUGGUGGGAGGGAGGCAGGCUGUCUGUAGGCAGAGGAGCUGCACCUUCUGAAAGAAGACUCCUGGUUUGGCCUCUAGCUCCUGAUAUGAGAAUCAAGUUUGUUGGCUUCAGUGCGCUUUGGGGCGACAAGGCAGAUUUUAGAAUCUGGAACUUCAACGAAGAAGCAGGCUUCUCUCAAGUCCUAGAACUUGGUUUACCACGUGGUGUUGUCCCAGGAUCUGCAAGUGGAACUCUUUUAGUAUCUGGUGGUCUACAUCUUCCUCUGUAUAGUCUUCAAACGGAUUCUACUGACCAGUGGGCUGAAGUUUGGAGGGACUCGCAACUGUCAGCGGCUUCUGCUAGUUUGGCACCUUUACUGGCUUUGGAACAUAUACCACAUUUGGUUGACGAUGCUGAGAGGGAACGAAUCCUGAGAAAACUGCCUGAGCAGGUCCAAGUUUUACUAUCAUUCCGAAAAAGCGAUAACUCCUUCAGCGACCAUCCAGGAAUGAGCAGUCACUUAUCAACAAUCAAAAUUCUGGAAAUACUAACAAAGAUCCAAUCUUACUACCCGAUCGACCCAGAACUGCUUCAGAAUAUCAAGAAAUGGAUACAAAAGCGACAAAAUGCCGAUGGAUCCUUUACACCUCUGGCUGCUGAUAAAGAAGUGGAUUACUAUCCAGUAGAUAUUACGAAGUCUAAUGGUACAGCUAAAGAAGUAGACGUCAAUGAAUAUUACUAUUAUGAUAAGGAUGGGAAUAUGACUCAGGAAGAGAUUGAUUGGGAGAGGAGAGUUGAAGUGACUGCUGAGACUUUAGUUGCUUUGCUUGAAGUCGGAGUUGAGAAUCAGGUUGACGCUGAUGUGGCAAAGAAAUCUCAAAAUUACUUGGAACACAACUUGCACAAUUUGACAUCUCCAGCCGCUCUUGCUGCUACUGUCUUAGCACUGGUUCUAGCUAGGAGUCCAAUCGUACCAGAAGCUUUGGUAAUUCUAAGGAAUGCGUCAACAACUGAAGAAGGCGAGUUUGGAUGGCCAGCGCCGAGGAAGGAUGCUGCUGACUGGCUUCUUGAAGAAACUUCUAGGAAUAUCAAAACCACUUCCUAUGAAGCAGUCACGAUGGAGCAAUACGUAGCCGGGGUACGAGUGUUGCUGGCUGCGUGUGCUCGAGGUGCUCUCGCGGAAGGUGAAGCUGCUGCACGGUUUCUAUACUACCGUGCUUCUACACUACAGAGACAUCCCAGUCUGGCUUACAGUGCUACAAAGGCUGCUGCUCAAUACGCUGCAUUAGCUCAUGACAGACACCGAGCCCUCACGGUAUCAUUAGCAACAGCUGGUAUGGAACUGACAGACACCUUGGAACUGCGUGCUCGUACUCCACCUCGUCCCCUACAACUACCUGGCUUGCCCACCAAAGUGUUUGUGUACGCUACUGGUGCUGGAUGUGCUACUGUUCAGGGAACAAUAACAUAUUCGACUUAUACACCGAAACCUGAGAACGCAUUGUUGAACAUUCAAGCUGCUAUCAUUGAAGAAAUUCGACCAGAAAGGAGCAGCAUAGAAGAUUUGCAAGGAAAUCUACCAACACUGAUCAUUAAGACUUGUUUCAAAUGGAAGGGCAAAGAGCGUUCAGGAAUUCUUCGCUUAGAAUCAUCUCUGUUCUCGGGCUAUGAACUGCAUUCAGUAAACCCUGUCGUGCUUGAUGGCGCUACAUUUGCUGAUUUGCAUUACGGGUCUAGAGGAGAGUCUGUGUGGUUCGUCUUUGCUAACAUCAGCUCCACGUGUCCCGUCUGCGUCACUUACGAAGUACGUUCCAAGUUUGUCAUUACAAGCUUGCGACCAGCCUUCGCCAAGAUUUAUCCUUCAACGCGACCAGACCUAGCAGUUGAAACAUUCUUCCACGCUCGGCCUGGAAGCCCACUGCUACGAGGCAUCACUGACGAUGAUUUCAUAACAUGGUUCGAUAAAACUGAACUUGCUAGUCUUAAAACCAGUACUAGCAUUGAUAAUAUUUGUGAAUGUGGGCGUAUCUGUAGCAGGGAUUAUGAAUUCAGGAAGAAUUAUGAGGAGCAUACUGAAGGCACCACAGAAAAUGUCGAUACAACCACUGAACAAAGUAGCACAAUAACUACUACAGAACCGUCCACUACUGAAGAAAUUACAAGUACGGAAAGCAGUACUUCAGCAAGUACUACAGAGAUUGUUACCACACAGGACCCAACUACUACUACUGAUAAAACGACUACGGACAACCUUUCAACCAUCAAAAUCGAAAGUAUAGACGAUCCCAUCAUAAUCCCAACUGUAACUUACGUAAACACAACUGAAAAGCAAGAUGUCAAUAACGACUUAGCCUCUCUAUUGCCAAAGAUAACUGGAGAACUCAUUGUGCCAAAAUCAGUUUUGCCAAGGAAAGAAGACUUUAAGAAGAAACCACUACCUAGAAGAAAGGGUACGUUAAAAGCAACGUAUGGAGAUAAACAUGAGAAAUUCUUUUUGAAAUUGAGAGAGAUGGAAAAUUCAGUAUCGACUACUACUACGUCUACUACUAUUACUACCCCUACCGUUACAUCUCCUUCAACUACAACUAUGACGACUGCAAUUACUUCUACUGAAGUACCCCAAGAAAUAACAAACAAUGAAAAAGAAACUACAGCUGUUCCGAUUGCUAUAGAAACCGAAAAGUCACUACAUAAAAUCGUUCUGAAGAAACCAGACCAUCCAAAACCACUUAUACCAGUGAACGUAGUAGCUAACAAAACUGAACUUAAAACCAAACUCUUUAAAAUCAAUGCAGAGGAAAAUAUGACUAAAGUUAACAAAACAGUUACAGUUGAAAUUCCAACGACAGAACUUCCAAUCACACAUAAUGACAUCACUACUGUGAAACCGAUCAAAUCAGUUAUCCCUCACACAAUAACAGCUAUCACUAACAAUAACAUCAAAUCAAUACACUACAGGACAAAGAAACCUAAACCUAUAACACAAAUCAAGAAACCGGUAAUUAACAACGUUCACAAUAUUACAAAACCAAACAAAAGCGAAGAUAUUGAUUCCGACAUAAUAAACAAAACGAAAAAGAAAACAAUUGUUCCACAAAAGUACAAUGCAAAAACAAUGAAGUCUAUAAACAAAGAGAUACACAAAAUCCCGCCAACUCCAAUUUCCGAAACUUCAAAGACUUUAUCAGAAACUCUCAAAUACGAUAUCGCUCCGGAAAAUAAGGGUGGCUUCGAAAUAUUAGACAAGAAUAAUUUAUGGGAGCUACUAAAGGAAGGGUCUGAUAAUGAUCCUUCGAAACUAGAGGAAAAACUACACGUUCAUAAUAGAUUAAAUAUAUUAGGACAUAACGCGUCUAAUAUAGAUGAUAACCGAUCAUUAUAAACUAUAUUGUUAUGUAAUAUAUAAGAUACAAAGACUUCAGUAUAAAUAUUUUUGUAACACAGUAUGCCACUUGAAACCUGUAAUUUACCUUGGAUGGGAAGUUGUGGAAAGUGCAUGAUUUUGCUCGAUAAACAUCGAAAAGUAAUUUUCGAUCACGGAUGACAAAAUUUUCAAUGUCUUUCAAGUCAUUUUGUAAUUCAGUAAC